ACGACGACCUUCACUUCAUUCCGCACUGCGAUGUCGGGAAGCGGAGCACGAGAAAAUGUGUUUGCGACUCGGAUGGCGCUUACGAACACCAAACUACGUCUCAAGGGUGCCCAAACGGGCCAUUCCCUCCUCGCCAAGAAACGCGAUGCACUGACAACCCGCUUCCGUGCGAUCUUGAAGAAAGUGGACGAGGCGAAGCGGAAGAUGGGCCGAGUUAUGCAAUUGGCCUCGUUCUCGAUGGCAGAAGUCACCUACGCGACAGGAGAUAUUGCAUAUCUGGUGCAGGAGCAGGCUAAGCAGGCCGCAUUUAAGGUCAAAGCGAAGCAGGAGAAUGUCUCUGGUGUUGUUAUUCCUGCAUUCGAAGUAGAUCGAGUUGCUGGCUCUGACUUCAAUCUCACUGGUCUUGGUCGCGGAGGACAACAGGUCUUGAAAGCGAAGGAGGUUUAUGCAAAGGCCAUUGAAACACUCGUCGAACUGGCAUCGCUACAAACUGCUUUCAUGAUCUUGGAUGAUGUUAUCCGUGCAACAAAUCGACGAGUAAACGCUAUCGAACAUGUCGUCAUUCCUCGACUCGAGAAUACCAUCAAGUACAUUCUCAGUGAACUUGACGAGAUGGAUCGAGAGGAGUUCUUCAGGCUGAAAAAGGUGCAAGGAAAGAAGAAGAAAGACAAGGCUGCGCGAGAAGGGAAGGACCCGGACGCCACAGAACAGCAACCGCCAGAGUUUGAAGACUUUAGUGAGGAAGGAGGGGAUUUGUUGAGUAGUAAGGACGCAGAUGUGAUUUUCUAG